CGGGGACCGCUACGCGACAAAAAAAAACACACAGGAAUAAGUGAACUAUUCGAAUCGCGUUGGCCUUUCAGUUUUUCAGAGAGAAAAGGUCUUCCUGCAAAGUAUACUGUAUACGGAGAUCUCGCAAUGAAGGGAUCGAGUUUCUUCUUUAAUUUAUACAUUCAACUCAUCUUCGUCUCUGUUUCUCUCUUCCUCUGUUCUUCCGGUCUCAAGAUCGGGGAGACUUGUUCCUCGGACAGUGUUUGCGAUACGGGAUUACAUUGCGAAACUUGCCCUGCAAAUGGUAACACCCGGCCCAGAUGUACCCGGAUCCAGCCAUUGAAUCCCACAUCGAAGGUGAAAGGUCUACCUUUCAACAAGUAUUCAUGGCUGACGACGCACAACUCCUUCUCUCUUGCGGGUGCCAAAUCGGACACGGGUUCCUUUAAUAUCGCUCCAAGGAACCAAGAAGACACGGUCACCAGUCAACUUAAGAAUGGAGUUCGAGGGCUUAUGCUAGAUACGUAUGACUUCAUGAAUGACAUCUGGUUAUGUCACUCGACUGGGGGAAAAUGUUAUAACUUCACAUCAUUCCAACCUGCAAUCAAAGUGUUCAAAGAGAUUCAGGUGUUCCUGGAAGCAAACCCGUCAGAGAUUGUUACCAUAUUUCUUGAGGAUUAUGUAACAUCCCCACAAGGCUUGAGCAAGGUAUUCAAUGCAUCUGGUCUCAACAAGUACUGGUUUCCUGUGUCAAGGAUGCCCAAGAAUGGUGGAGACUGGCCCACGGUAGAUGAUAUGGUCAAGCAGAAUCAACGGCUGGUGGUUUUCACUUCCAAACGUAAUAAGGAGGCUUCUGAGGGAAUUGCUUACGAGUGGAGCUAUGUGGUAGAAAAUCAAUAUGGAGAUGGUGGAAUGAAAGCUGGAUCAUGUCCAAAUCGUGCUGAAUCGCCUCCAAUGAACACCUCCACAAUUUCACUGGUUCUUCAGAAUUACUUUCCUGAUAAUCCCAAUGCAACAGAAGCUUGCGUAGACAAUUCAGCUCCGUUGAUUAGCAUAUCGAAAACCUGUUCGGAAGCAGCUGGUAAACGGUGGCCCAACUUCAUUGCUGUUGAUUUCUACCUGAGAAGUGAUGGUGGUGGAGCCGCUGAAGCUGUAGAUGAAGCUAAUGGUCAUCUCACUUGCGGAUGCGACAAUAUUGCCUACUGCUUGGCAAAUGCCAAGUCUGGUACAUGUGACGUUCCUCCAAUUGCUCCCCCUCCGCCUGCCGCUGGAGGAAGCUCAGAAAACCCACCAUCGGCUCCUGCCAGCGUUGCUUAUUUGAAUGGCAGCCCACUUCAGUUAAGCUGGCUGUUUGGAGUCAUUUUUACUACUCUCUUACCAUAAUUUAGACAGCCCUGUCCCACUUAUUUGUUACAUUCCCCUGUUUUUUGCCAUUCCCCUGUUUUCUGCAUUCAUUCUUUUGAACCACAGAUAAAUUUUUCGGAUGAAUUUACAGCUGACAUGUAUCCUAAUGUUCCAUCCAUCGUUACUUUGUAAGAGUACAUAAGAUUAUAUAAUGGUAUGAGGUGAUUCCUGUUUUUGUUGGAUA